AUGAGGGGUGUAAAGUGGCAGGGCCGAGUUGAGUAUGAUAACAUCAUUCGCGGCAGAAAUCUCACACUCGCCCAGGAAAAGGAAAAAAUUGCAGCGUGGGCAAAAAAGUACGAUCGCACGGAGCAGGUGAAGAAAUUCAGAGCUGAAAAAGAUGCAAGCUUCAAAAAGGUCGAGCAGCAGAUUACCAAAGUGUUGAAGUCGUUACCAGCUGCCUUCAAGAAGUAUGUAAAGAUCCUGAAAAAUGGAGAUAAAACUAUGGUGGAUAUAAAGAAGGCAGUGCGAGAGCUGUACAAAAAGGAUAGACUGGUAUUCAGAGUGCUGUUCGAUACUUUAGACAAUUUCAAAGGUUGGCCGCGCGCUCGCCCUGCUUAUCGUCGUACACGGCCCUACAGAAUCAGAAUAAGGAGGAGACGCUUGGCAGCUCGUGAUGAAAAGACCAAGAAGAACAGGACCACGGCUUCGGGUUCAAGAGAGCAAUGA